GGGGCUGGUCAAAGGGUGGAGCGUGCAGCGGCCGGUAGCUGCCUAGACAUCGAGGACUCGGCUUCUUGCUGGACUUCUGUGGAUGCGCUGACUGCCCAGGCCGACUAAAGCUGCAGCCAUGGCUUCCGAGGGUAAAGAGAGCAAGCCGGAUUCUCAGUCGCCGGCAGCGCCUGCGUUUACUUGCAAGGACUUGGCUGCCUCUGCGACUCAUCAGCCGACAGACAAGAAAUUGUUCGAGAAUCUCUCCGGUGCUGGCAAAGUCAUCGGGGUCCUUACUAGCGGCGGCGAUGCUCAAGGAAUGAAUGCAGCUGUUCGAGCUGUAGUGCGGAUGGGAAUCUAUGUGGGAGCCAAAAUGUAUUUUGUGUAUGAGGGUUAUCAAGGCAUGGUAGAUGGAGGCAAUAAUAUUGUUGAAGUUACCUGGGAAUGUGUUUCCAGUAUUCUCCAAGUGGGAGGAACAGUCAUUGGCAGUGCACGUUGCCAAGCAUUCCGUACUCGGGAAGGUCGCUUACAAGCAGCUUAUAACUUGAUUCAAAAGGGAAUUACUAACUUGUGUGUGAUUGGUGGAGAUGGAAGCUUAACAGGAGCCAACCUUUUCCGUGAGGAAUGGAGUGGACUAUUGGAAGAAUUGGCUAAAACUGGUAAAAUUGAAAAGGAAGCUGUGAAGAAAUAUGCUUACCUCAACAUUGUGGGGAUGGUGGGCUCCAUAGAUAAUGACUUCUGUGGGACGGAUAUGACAAUUGGCACUGACUCUGCUUUGCACAGAAUCAUUGAAGUUGUGGAUGCCAUUAUGACCACUGCCCAGAGUCACCAGAGGACCUUUGUUCUGGAGGUUAUGGGAAGACACUGUGGAUAUCUAGCUCUUGUGAGUGCCCUGGCUUGUGGUGCAGAUUGGGUAUUUAUUCCUGAAUACCCACCAGAAGAAGGCUGGGAGAAGCUUCUCUGUACUAAACUAUUUGAGAACCGUGCCAACAAGAAGAGGCUGAACAUCAUAAUUGUUGCAGAAGGGGCGAUUGAUAUCCAUAAUAAACCUAUUACUUCAGAGAAGGUUAAGGAUCUUGUAGUUAAACAACUGGGAUAUGAUACUCGUGUGACAAUUCUUGGACAUGUCCAAAGAGGAGGAACUCCUUCUGCUUUUGACAGGAUUCUGGCAAGUCGCAUGGGUGUUGAUGCUGUACUGGCCCUUCUUGAGGCUACACCAGAUACCCCUGCAUGUGUUGUUUCCCUGUCUGGAAACCAGUCUGUGCGUCUGCCCCUGAUGGAGUGUGUGCAUAUGACUCAGGAAGUUCAGAAGGCAAUGGAUAAUUGCCAGUUUGCUGAGGCUGUGAAGCUUCGAGGAAGGAGCUUUGAGAACAACCUGAACACCUAUAAAUUGCUGUCUCAAAAAAAACCAGAUUCAGAGCUUCCAAAGAGCAAUUUUAAUGUGGCUGUUAUGAAUGUGGGUGCUCCUGCUGCAGGGAUGAAUGCUGCUGUCCGUUCAGCAGUGAGAAUGGGAAUCAGUGAGGGUCACAAGAUGUUUGCUGUCAAUAAUGGCUUUGAAGGAUUUUCUAAAGGUCAGAUAAAAGAAAUCACCUGGGGAGGUGUUGGAGGUUGGACUGGCCAAGGAGGAUCCAUUCUUGGCACAAAACGUACUCUCCCUGCAAAGUAUUUGGAAGCGAUUGCUGAACAGAUGCGUAUUCAUAAUAUCAAUGCUCUUUUGGUUAUUGGUGGAUUUGAGGCCUACCUGGGAUUGCUGGAACUGUCAGCUGCCCGUGAAAAAUAUGAGGAAUUCUGUGUUCCUAUGGUUAUGGUUCCUGCUACUGUUUCCAACAAUGUACCAGGUUCAGAUUUCAGCAUUGGUGCAGAUACUGCUCUGAACACUAUCACUGAUGGUUAUCAGAGUUGUAUACAGCUAGCUGAGGCACGGCCCCAAUAUCAGGAGUUUUGCAUUCCUAUAUGCAUUGUGCCUACUACUAUUAGCAACAACGUACCAGGCACAGAAAUUUCUCUUGGUAGUGACACUGGCCUGAAUGCUAUUAUGGAGACCUGUGAUCGAAUCAAGCAAUCAGCUAGUGGGACUAAGAGGCGGGUCUUUAUCAUCGAGACAAUGGGUGGCUACUGUGGAUACCUGGCCAGCAUGGGAGGCCUUUCUGCCGGAGCUGAUGUAGCGUAUAUUUUUGAAGAACAAUUUGACAUCCGAGAACUACAGGCUAACGUGGAACAUUUGACAGAGAAAAUGAAGACUACCAUACAAAGAGGCCUGGUGCUCAGAAAUGAGAACUGUAAUGAAAAUUACACCACUGAUUUCAUUUAUCAACUCUACUCUGAGGAAGGAAAAGGAAUAUUUGAUUGCAGAAAAAAUGUCUUAGGUCACAUGCAACAGGGUGGAGCACCUUCUCCUUUUGACAGAAAUUUUGGAACAAAAAUUUCUGCCAAAGCCGUACUGUGGCUCUCAGAGAAACUUAAGGAAAGCUAUAGAAAAGGAAAAGUGUUUGCCAACACUGAUGAGUCAGUCUGUCUGCUAGGGAUGCGUACAAGAAAACUUAUUUUCCAACCUGUGACUGAAUUGAAGAGUCAAACAGAUUUUGAGCACAGAAUUCCCAAAGAACAAUGGUGGUUGAAACUUCGACCUUUGAUGAAAAUUUUGGCCAAGUACAAAAUCAGCUAUGAUGUUUCUGAUUCAGGUCAGCUAGAACAUAUACCCGGCUGUGAGAUUGGACAAAUAGAAACUCAAACCGCAUAAAGAUAAUGUUAAGAUUAAAUAAUAAUGUUGUAAGUCAUGAUAGUAGAGUCAUAUUGAAUGUCUAUAAUGAUGCUUUAGAAAUUUUUGGUCACUGCUGUUUUUUGUAACACUUAAGUUAUUGUGUCAGCACUUUAUGCAAAAAAAGGAUUAUGUUGCGAUUUUUUUUUCCAGUAUUGUAUUAGCUGUUAAAUAUUCAAUCACUAACUACAAAAUACCAAUUAUGAAUUAUUUCCUAAUUACCUAGUGAUCAUUAUAAAUAAAUAACUCAAAUGCAAAAUAAUGAAUAUAUUAUGAAGUAAAUCUCUUAUGUACUUUGUAUCAAAACCUAUUUCUACAAAGAACAUAUGUAGAUUGUUUUAUGUCCAGCUAAAGAUGUGUAUAUAUCUAAAGUGGAAUUAAAGUGAAUAUUACAACUAUAAUUGUAUAUUUGUGAAAAGUAAGCUUAAACAAUGUCAAAAACAGGCUUGGUUCCAAAAGUGAUCAAUCAUUUCGCCACAAAUCUGCAGUAUUUUCAUUUCUCCAAAGACAGUUUGAAAAAGUUAAUACUGAAUCUAUGGUUAUAAAUAUAGUGACUUUAAUGAAUAACCAAACAAAAACCUAGUAGCUUUCAUGUUUUUAACUGGUAACACAGAACUUAGAUUAGAUAUAUAACAUUUGAACAAACAAUUUUGAUUUUUUUUGUUCUCAGGAUAAACUAUGGGUUAAAUUUUUAGUGGUUCAAAGAUGAAGUGCUCAAAUUCUGACCUAAAGAACAACAUUAUAGGGGCAAGUAGGUGGUACAGUGAAUAGAGCAACAGCCCUGAAAUCAGGAGGAUCUGAGUUCAAAUGUGGUCUCAGACACUAAACACUUCCUAGCUGUGUGAC